GUGGUUUGUUGGAAGCCAGCGGAGAACGGUAGACGUUGCUUGUGAACUGUGAACUGUGUAGCCGUAGCCUGAGCCGGUAAAAAAUUGUGAGCAGAACUAAAACACAAUUGGCGAGCGAUUCGAUGGAGGACCAAAGCAACGCAGCUCCCGCUGUCGCCGCGGAGAACGGCGCAAACACCGCGCAGGAGGUGUCUUCGACAACUCAGCCCAUAGAGCCCACAAAGCGCUCGCUGCGCGUGCAGACCUGGAAAAAGAUCCAAGAGGGCAAGGUUGGCAUUGGAUUCAACAACAUAUUUAACCGAAUUCCCUCGUUCGUGGGUGCCGAUAAGGCUGCUGCCUUGUUUGCCAAUGAAGAGGAGUUCAAGAAAGCACAGCACAUCAAGGUGAACAUCGAUCGUGUCUUGCAUGAGUUCAAGGAACUGGCGUUGCUGGCCGGCAAGUCCGUAUACUUGCCCAGCACCCGUGAAUCUUCUGCACUGUGCCUAAAGGUAGAUGUGCCGGCCGAUGCCACCGAGGAGCAGAAAAAGGAGGCUCUGCGCGUUCAAGACAUCCAGAAGUUUCGCUCGGAAAUUGGAUUGGACAGCGGUUUGAAGCUGGAUAUCGUGGUUAUUGGCUCUGUUGUAGUGUCACGCGAGGGUUACCGCAUUGGACGCGGAAAUGGGUUCGCUGAUCUGGACAUCGGCCUUCUUAUUGAAUUGGGAGCCAUUACACCGAAGACAGUUAUUGUCACAAUCGUGCACGACAUGCAGGUGGUGGACUCACUGCCCUCGAAUCUAUUCCAGAAGUACGAUUCGCCAGUUGAUAUCAUUGCAACACCCACAGAAAUAAUCAGGGUGCCAAAGCGCCUGUCCUUCCCCAAUGGCGUUUACUGGGAGCUGCUGUCCGAGCGCCGUCUAAAAAUAUUGCCCGUGCUGCAGCAGCUUAAGGAAAGGGAGGAGAAGGCGGGAAAAUCGAUAUCCCUCAAGGAGGAAGACACCGAUGUGGAGCAGCAUCAAAACAACAGACGCCGCCGUGGGCCUGUACGCCGGCGCCUCCAACGAGGCAACCCAGGACGCACUACUUCGCAGACUGACAACGAACAGCCGCAGGGCGAGACUACUCAGAAACGCGCUCCACGGCGCAAAGGUCGUUUCGUCAAUCGCCGCAGACGUACAACUAAGUCUGAGGGCGAUCAGUCUGGUGUUGAAGGAGGUGCUAAAACUGAUGAUCGCAAGUUACCAGAGGCUGGCACUGAUGAGCGUCGUUCAAAGAAGAACAAGAACAGUGAUUUUUGCAUUAAGUUGACAAAUCUGUCUCGUGAUAUUCGCGUCAAGGACUUAAAGUCGGAGCUCCGCAAACGCGAAUGCACUCCGAUGUCAAUUUCUUGGAAGGGACACUUUGGAAAGUGUUUCCUGCACUUUGGGAACCGCAAGGGGGUUCCCAGUACCCAGGACGACAUGGACAAGGUGUUGAAGUCCCUCAACGAUCUCUCGCUCACCAUUACCACUGGCGGCGAGACAGCCCCAGCUGCCGCCGCAGGGGAGGGCGAUGAGAAAGCGGAGUCAGCUGAGACUGCAACGCCUGUGCAGACCAAGACUAUUCUCGUCAACGUAGAACUGAUUCAAUUUGGCGAGAAGAAAAGUGCCAGCUCCACUGGUGCCAAUGCCGGUGCAGGCGAGGACGGAAAAGCAGACGCGAAAAACGGAGAGGAGGCCGUGACUUUGGCAGGAGGCGACGUGGGUGGUGCGCGCAUCGAAGCUGUCGACACCACCACAGUAUAGUAUGACUUUGCGCUAGGCGCAGCCAAUGAACGGUCGCGGCGGACUUCCGCCGGCAGCGCAAUGUUUGGAGUUCAACGAAAAAAAGUAACAUUUUGUUUAAAAAAAAUCGGGAAAUACCAAACAAAAAACAAAUAGAAAUCGAACUCCAAACACCGAACAAACACAAAGUACCCUCAACAUACACACUCACUAAAUACACGCAGGCAGUUACACUUGUGCAUACACUGAAUACCAUGUUUUGCAGCUUGUAGUUUCUUCUUCUCCGUCAUUAUUCUAACAAACAAGAAGAUCAAACGCAACUUUUUCUAACGAGAACACAAAUCAUUGACGCUUUUUUUAAACAAUUGCAUUUGUUUUUUGCCUAAGAAAAUUAAAACGAUUGCAGAAAUACUCGUUCCACAAAUGCAAAGUGGAACACCAUUUCUUCUAAAUAAUCCUUUUACUAACUUCUUGUGACUCGUUACAAUUCUGAGUUAGAGCUCUUCUGAAUAUUUGUUAAUUUGAUUUCACACCUCAGCAAUAAGAUCGUUAAGCAGUUGAGCUGCUAGUAAUAGGGCUUGAAGUUGAGUGCGAAGUUGUUCUGAAAUGUAAUACUAAUAUGAAUGCCCAAUAAAUGAGAAAUCCCGCGAGUAA